GCUAUCAGAAUCUCAACAUCGUACCGCAGAAGAUCGUUGCGAAUCACAAUAAACACCAACCAGCUCCUACGAGUGUCAAGAUACUGCAAUUGGUUUAUCAUCCUACGGGUGCCGCAACAAAUACCUGUUCAAUUUGGGAAAGACUCGUUCGUUCCGGCAAUGAAGCCGAGCAAGAACCAAAUCAGAAGAGCAAGAAAGAAGGCUCUAAAAAAUGAGACUCCAGCGCCAUCAGCUGUUACGCCCCAAACGAACCUUGAGGCAAAGGGACCUCCUGCUACGGGUUCGGUGAAUGCGUCCGGGCCAGAUAUGAUAUCCAUAACUGAAGAUGACUCGACAGACCCACUAUGGGAAAUGUACAAGAAUGUCAUUCAUAGGUUUGAUGAGUCAGGGGGGGAUCCGAAUGCAGAUGGAGGCACUGACAAACCGGAAAUCUAUUUCGACGACGACGAUGAAAUACCCGACGAGGAAGAAGAAGAAGAGCCGAAAAUAUCCAAAAAGAAGCGCAAGGAACUCAACAAACUCUCCGUUGCUGAGCUCAAGGCGAUGGUUCGGAAACCUGAGAUAGUGGAGUGGACGGAUACCUCAGCACCUGACCCUAAAUUACUCGUCCACAUCAAGGCCCACCGCAAUGUUGUCCCCGUUCCCUCACACUGGUCACUCAAGAGAGAAUAUCUAUCAUCCAAGAGGGGCAUAGAAAAGCCGCCAUUUGCGUUGCCUAAGUUUAUCCAAGAGACCGGAAUAUCGGAGAUGCGAGACGCUGCUUUGGAGAAGCAAGAACAGGCGACUUUGAAACAGAAACAAAGAGAAAGGGUCCAGCCGAAAAUGGGAAGGCUAGAUAUUGACUAUCAGAAACUAUACGAGGCUUUCUUUAGGUUUCAGACGAAGCCUGAAUUGACACGCUAUGGCGAAGUUUACUACGAGGGCAAAGAAUAUGAAACUAAUCUCAAGCACCUGCGACCGGGUGAGCUCAGUACGGAGCUUAAGGAUGCACUCAAUAUGCCACCAGGUGCACCGCCUCCUUGGUUGAUAAAUCAACAACGAUACGGGCCGCCGCCUUCGUACCCAGCACUGAAAAUCGCGGGUCUGAAUGCACCUCCACCCCCGGGUGCCAUGUGGGGCUAUCAUCCAGGAGGUUAUGGAAAGCCCCCAGUCGAUGAGCAUAACAGACCUCUAUACGGAGGGGACAUAUUUGGAGUAUUGCAACCCCAGCAAACUGUGCAGCAGGGCGAGCCUGUGGAAAGGGACCUUUGGGGGGAACUACAGGCUCCCGAGCUCUCCGACGACGGUAGCGAGGAGGAUGAAGAGGAUGACGAAGAGGAGGAUGAGGAAUCAGGAGUUCAGUCUCCUAGUGGACUGGAGACGCCGAGUGGGUUGACGUCCGCUGUCCCGUCCGAAUAUGCUGGGGCAGAGAACGUGGCGGGUGAGUUUGACGUGCGCAAGCAUUACCGAGGUACCCAGACCGAAGAAUACACAAGCCACAAAAGCGCCUUUAGAGUUAUCCCGGAACGACAGGCGCAUGUGCAAGGAUUUUUUGGAGGCGACAGAGUGUAUGAUCUAAACGACUCCCCAGGAAAUCUUCCUGUCCUUGGUGCCGAGGAUCAAAAUCGGAAGCGCAAACAGCCCGGCGAUGUUGAUGUUUCCAUGGACCCAGAUGCUUUACAGGCCGGAGAUGGAUUUAGUAAGGAAGGUAUACGGAAACUUUACGACAAUCAGAGGCAACAACAAGACCAUCACGGUUGGGGGUUCCAGGAAGAUUUGAGCGACAUGAUUGCACAUGAAAGCCGGAAGAAAAUGAAGAAAGAUGAAGAAAGGCGAGGGAGGCAAUAGGUAGUAUGUGGCCCCUUUCUCGCCUUGUUGAAAGUGGUCCUGUAUUGUAUACGGGCUUUGGUAGAUGUCCAGGCAAAUUUCCUGUUUAAUGCAACGCUACACUGGCUGUCUUGUUAUCUUAUUUGCCUAAUUCAGUUGCUUCCAUUAUGUCUGUCGCCUUUCAUCCUGUAUCUUUGAGUUCUGCAAUUAGCAGACCCAAUUUCUAGGAUGACGGCUACCACCCUGAAAAAUAUGAAAUAAACGGCGCCGUCCGCAGACGACUACAUGUAUCACGGUGUUACUGAAGUUACUAACAAAUCGUAGUAUUAAUCUAGCAAGAGUUUGUUGAUGGUAUACGUGUGAGCAGAGGCGUGAUGGUGGUCGCCAUGUGAGAACCCCAACUGGAUUGCUUCAAUAUAAAUAAUCUUACACUUGGCUAGCUAUGCAUGUACAUCAAAAAAGAAAAAUCCAGAUAUGCUUGGUACGUACCCACCACCUAUAUGCGCUUAAUGUGAAAGGUACCAUCGUAUAAGAUCAUGCUCAUCGUAAGCGUCUUGCCGUCGGAGCAGCAAUCAGCAAUGCUUUCCCUCCUGAGAUUUCUUCGCAUGGAUAACUUUACCAAUCAAAGGUUCAUUAUUCAGGGCUUGUUCUGCGGCUUCAUUUCCUGCAACUGCUUUACUCGGCCCUCGGCCUGACCCCAGAUGUUUAUCUGCCCACCCCCAGCCAGUGAGGUAUACCCCUAUGAAGAAAAUUUGUUUCCCACCGUCUACCUGGGCAGAUGUUCUCUCCUCAAUGUAUUUAAGUUUCACACCUUUCCCCAUUAUUUUCCGAGCAAGGGCGUCUUUUGCAUUCAAAGAGUACUUAUGUGGUCCGGCAUCUGUAAGCUUCGGCAUCCACAGCUGUCUCAACCACCUCUCGGCCAUGAUAUGGCCAUUUGCGGGGUCGGACAGUAUGAUCGCCGCCACGUAGGAUUCAAAUAUGUCCCCCAUAGUUUUAGUCCACCGUUUAGGCUGACCCAGAUACUCUUGUGGGAUGUUUGCCCUGCUAUCAAGACCGUACUGUAUUGCAUACUGAGCAAGACUCUCAUUUUUCACAAGGAGCUCUCGAAGCUGCGAUAUUUGGCCUGAAGGAAUCAUAGGAAACCGAUCCCAGAUGAGUCGCGUUGCUAUGAGUUCAAUCCACGCGUCGCCUAGAAUUUCAAGUCGGUCAUAAGUCGCUCCGAUGUCACUGUUAACACCGGGGUGUGUAAAGACGGCUUUUUCGAGCAUCUGAUCCGAAAUUGGUGGUAGUGCGGGUAGACUGAGCUCAGCGGUGUUUGUACUCGACCCUUCAACGUCGACAGGCUGGCCAGCGCUUCGGCGAUGUCGCUGGACCAAGGAUAUGGCAUGAGACAAGGCCAUAUCUAGAUCAAAAGCCGCUUGUUUGAUAGGUGGAGAGGUUCCGUCGACACCUUGUCCGCGCUCUAAAUCACGAACAAUAUUCCUCACAUGCCCGAAAACAUUAUUUAGGCGAUCUUCGAUUCCACUUUCGUCCCUUGAAGCACUACCGAGAUGCGAUAUUUCCGAUGAAGAUCGCUGGAGAUGAGUCAUAGGCUGUCAGCACAAGAAACUAUAGGUGCAGACUGAUAUAUGUUUACCCGUCUCUUCUUGCCAUCCUUGACGGUCGUCGGAGCUGUAGACUUCCUUUUUCGGUCCAUUGGUGAGGGGGCAAAACAGUUGAUAUUAAUCACGUACGAAGUACAAGGGUCGAAUCUGAG